UAUGAAUCCAAUCUUGCUCUGUGUCAACUAGACCUUUAACACCCAGUCUCUAUACCAACCCGCAAACCGCAUAUAAUGUCUGCACGCCGGCCACCCCCAGCUUACACAGCACCGCCCGAUUCGGGGGUUCAUGCAACUUCGCAGGUGUACCGCUCAAUCUCUGAAACCGCAUCCAGCCCCUCUGCGCGAAUCCCGAAGGAAUCAUUCACUAUCAGACCAUGCUCCGCUCAAGCGUGGGUCGUCCCCGCCGGCCACAUCUGCCGCCUGACCACGCCGAAGGGACCACAGGUGGGCGAUCUGAACAUCUGGAACGCAAAUAACCCCCGAGAACGGAUGUGGGCUGCGCGUACCCGCCAGAUCCACGCCUCCCACGUCUCAGUGGGUGAUCGACUAUGGUCGAACUUACCGUACCUGCGGCCCCUCGUAACAAUCACGGGCGACUCGUUGGGCGGCGGGCAGCUGCAUGACGUGCUUGGACCAGAUGGAAAGCGCAACCCGGAGGUCGUGUUUGGGACUACACAGUUUGGAGGGCGAGUGCAUGACUUGAUGGGUACUCGGUGCGAUCCUUACGUGAACUUGCUCAUGGGUGGAGAGACCUUUGACUUCCACUGUCAUUCGAACCUCACUCGUUCCGUCGUCCCCCAUGGACUGACGGAGCUAGAUGUCCAUGAUGUCUUGAAUGUGUUUCAGGUGACGGGGUUGGAUGAAAAUGGAAAGUACUUCAUGGAGACCUCCCCUGCAAAGGCGGGUGAGUACUUUGAGUUCUUUGCAGAAGUGGAUGUUCUCUGCGCGCUAUCUGCGUGCCCCGGCGGUGAUUUGUCCAAUUGGGGUUGGGAUGAUAAGGAAGGUGGUAUGGGAGCUACUUGUCGUCCGUUGGGUGUGGAGGUAUAUCAACUGGCAGACGACAAGGUCCUAGAGGGGUGGAAGGCUCCAGAAAGCCCCAAGUACAAGGGAAUGCACGGGAUGAAGAUGCCUCCCCGCGAGGAGGAUGGUUACAUUGGACUCUAGGGUAAGAAUAUCAAAUAAAAUUAUAGAGUCGUCUAUUGAAGCGUUGAAUACAUGUAUACAACAUAGACAUAUUGCCCCGCGUUUCCUUAGAUAUGAUGUCAUUGCCUCAUAUUGUUACAUCGACAGCGAUUCCUUUACAGCAUACUUUGUAGGCGGGAUUAAAAUCAUACAGGAAAUUAUACCUUUGUAGAGUCAUUUCAGCAAGGGAUGCAAUGGAAAUCCGGCUUUCAGAGAGUGGGUUUAGCAACUGCCCCAUGUCAUACAGACAUAAGACCAAUAGAUCACGACAUUGUCAAGUAGCACGGGAGUACCCAGGCAUAC